UGCUUUUACGACACAUACAUAAACGCUUAUGAAAUUGUGUUCGCGUUGAGUAACCCAAACGUUCAGAUAACUAAGAUCAUAAUACUACUUUAUGGCAGUUUUUACCCCAUGUUUAAAAGUAACAAUUGAGAGGUUUAUUUAAUUUCUUAGUGUCAGAGACACUUUGAGAAUGUCACACAAGCUUACAUCUAAUUUGAUAUUGAAUCAUAUCCAUAAAACAUUAAUUUGUAAACGAUUGCUAAUAAAUCAACGUUUAUCACGCCAAUUUAGUUCAGGAAAUGAAGACAAUUCUGAUGGUAAACUUGAUUUUGGGAGCAAAUUAGAUAAAAACUCAAACAAACCUGAUCUGAAAAGCACUUCUAAAAGUGAAGAGAAACUUGAUUAUAUUCCCAAUCGAAUUAAAAGGCGUUUAGAACAGAAAGGUCUCUCAUUAGAAGAUGUUGAAAUUUCCAGAGGUCCAAAGCAAAUAGAAGAUCUCUUGGAAUCGCAAGUAGCUCCUGAGAAUGUUAAACAAGUUCCCAUUGACUUUUUGUCUGAUCUUGAUGCACAAAGACGAUUUAACCGAAAUCAAGAAAAGCAUUCAUUUAGACCCCCAAAUGUUUCUCCAGAAGAUACAUCUAUUCUAAUGUUCCCUGGACAGGGAAGUCAGUUUGUUGGAAUGGGCAAGAAGUUGCUCAGAUACCCUGGCGUGGAAGACAUUUAUAACAGAGCAUCGGAAAUAUUGGGAUAUGAUUUAUUAAAUUUGUGUUUGAACGGCCCUGCAGAAAAACUACAAGAGACCAUCUAUUGUCAACCAGCUGUUGUUGUGACAUCUUUAGCAGCUAUGGAAAAAUUAAAAGAAGAGCACCCAAAUUCUUUAAACCAUGUUGUAGCAGUUGCAGGAUUUAGUGUGGGAGAAAUAACUGCUUUAGCUGUCACUGAAACCGUAACAUUUGAAGAAGCCAUACAGAUCAUAAAGCAUCGAGCGGCUGCCAUGCAGAAGGCCUCCGAAGCCGCAGCUGGAGGCUUGCUGACGGUGAUCUGUGACCAUAAGACGCAGCUGCGAGUUGCCAUGGUAGCGGCAAAGGAGUACUGCAGGACAGAGCUGCAGAUGGAGGACCCAGAGUGCAGUAUAGCCAACUUCCUGUGUACCGAUGUGAAAGUCGUUGGUGGAGAUGAGGCUGCUUUGCAGUUCUUGGAGAAGUACGGUGCUGAGUGGGGCAUAAAACGAACCAAGCGUCUAGCUGUAUCAGGGGCCUUCCACACCAACAUGAUGAGGGUAACUGGGAAAGAGGGCUGGAAGUUCCGAGAAAUGCUGCAGACUGUGAACUUUAAAGAACCAAAAUAUCCACUUCAUUUGAACUUGGAUGGAAAGAGACUGCAGACCAAACGGGAGGGCCAGGAGCCGACCCUGCAUUGGCUGAUGAACACGCUGGCCAAGCAGAUCAAGACGCCGGUGAAGUGGGAGCAGAUGUUGCACAUCCUGUACACCAGACCACCGGAAGAUCCCUUCCCAAACACGUACGAAGUGGGGCCUGGAACUCAGCUGGGCGUGCUUUUAAAGAAAACGAACCUCAAGGCGCAUAACUCCUACAAAAAUAUUGAAGUGUGAUGAUUGCAGGAUAUUAAUCAGCUGUGGCUAAAUCUUAAAAUUAUGAUAUAUUAAUGUCUUUUGAGUAGUAAUGAGAGUAAAAUAAAACAAUUAUGACUGGUU